GCCGCGCACACGCUUCCAUGAACAUUGUGUCUGUCCUCGCGCUCGCUGCGUCGGUCGCCUCGGCCACCCAAGUGCACUCCGAGUCAUACCCGUGGGUCAACAGCGUUCAAAACAAGGUCGCGACGCAUCCGCUCGUCGGCUACUGGCAUAACUUUCCCAACCCGUCGGGCGCCACAUACCCGCUGAGCCAGAUCUCCAAGGACUGGGACGUCAUCAACAUUGCGUUCGCGUCGUCGCUCGGUCAGGGCAAGGUCGGCUUUGAGCUGGACCCGGCCGCCGGCUCGGAGGAGCAGUUCAUCAAGGACGUCGCCGCGCUCAAGGCUGCCGGCAAGACCAUCGUGCUCUCGCUCGGUGGCCAAGACGGCGCCGUCUCGCUGAGCGAUGCGACUGAGACGGCCAACUUUGUCUCGAGCGUCCAUGGUAUCCUGACCAAGUAUGGCUUUGACGGCAUCGAUCUGGACUUGGAGAACGGCGUCUCGCAAGGUCUCCCGAUCAUCAACAACUUGAUUUCCGGUGUCAAGCAGCUCAAGCAAAAGAUCGGCGACUCGUUCUACCUCUCGAUGGCGCCCGAGCAUCCGUACGUCCAAGGUGGCCACGGCGCGUACGGCGGUAUCUGGGGCGCCUACCUCCCGAUCAUUGACGGACUCCGCAACGAGCUCACGCAGAUCCACGUCCAGUACUACAACAACGGCGGCUUUGUCUACACGGACGGCCGCACGCUCAACGAAGGCACGGUCGACUGCCUCGUCGGCGGCUCGCUCAUGCUCAUCGAGGGGUUCCAGACCAACUAUGGCGCUGGCUGGAAGUUCAACGGUCUGCGUCCGGACCAGGUCUCGUUCGGUGUGCCGUCAGGACCCAAGUCGGCUGGGCGCGGCUUUGUGACGCCCGAGACCGUCAAGCGCACGCUCACGUGCCUCGUCCAAGGGGUCGGCUGCGAUACGAUCAAGCCCAAGACGACGUACCCGACGUACCGCGGUGUCAUGACGUGGAGCAUCAACUGGGAUAGCUACGACGGCUACGCUUUCUCCAAGCCGGUGCGCCAAGCGCUCGACGGCCUUGGCGGGGGUGGUCCGGCACCCACGCCGACGGCAUCGCCGGUGACACCUGCACCCACCGCGUCGCCGACACCGACGUCCGUGUUCCCGACCGUGACACCUGCUCCGGUGACACCGACCGUGACGCCGACCCCCGUGCCAUCGACGUCGGCGCCCAAGCCGUCGUGCGGUGCUUGUACCAACUGCUACUACGCGCCCACCGAUGCGUGCUUUGUGGGCUGGACCGCAGCGCAGUGCGCGACCAACAGUGCCUUCAAAUGGUGCGGCAACUAAGACCUGAGCUGUGCGGACAGCAUGUCCGGUCCUUGUCCUCGCACGUACUGCAGUCUCAUCAAAGUUAACAAAUGCGACUAUGUGUUUUCUUUUGUAAUUCGACUGUAGAAAAACUUUAUUUUGGCUU